UUUGCUUGCUUAGCAACCCGUCGUGUUGAUGUGCUAUCUCUGUUAAAUUUAAUAAGUCGAGUUAGUUUUUCUUGUAUAUCGUUGUUUCUCACACAUUUAAAUCCAAUUAAAAAGACAGAAUGAAGCUUAAGUGUAUAUGUGAGAUAUGCACAUGUGGUCGGCACAGAUGUCCUCACCGACCAAAUGCUCCAAUCGGUCGAGGUGAUCGAGAAUGUUUAUUAACAGAAUACAACACGACAUAUCGUCAACAUCCUAUGCAACCAAGAGAAAGUUUCAAACCAGCAAAUGUUGCAGUUAAAGGAGAAGGACCAAUGGAUGAUAAAACCACUCAUAGAGUUGAUUUUAUACCACAUCCUGUUGGUCGACCACCGGUACAUCAACCCGAUGCGUAUAAAAAACCACAUGGUGAAUUUGAUAUGUUGACAUCAUACAAGAAAGAAUACACAGAGAAAGGUGGAGCUAAAGCUAUUCCAAUUAAACAUGAAGGCCUACGUCAGCUUCCUGCCCGAUUUGAAGGAGAACCAACCUAUCAAUCUGAUUUCAGAAAAUGGCCAAUCAUUCGUCAAGCUCCUUAUGGUAAUCAAGCGUGCUGGCAGCCACCAACACAAGAGUUUGAGGGUGAAACCACAUUCGCUCGCGAUUACCAGAAGUACAAUCAACCUCCUCGUCAGAGCAUGAAACCUCAAGAAGCUGUAAAAGCCUCGGAUAUACCCUUCGAUGGUAAGACAGGUUACAGAGAUUACUAUGUCAAACACCCUCUUGAAGCACGCAAAGCUAAAGAACAAGCUAAAUACAAACCUUCUGGUAUACCCUUCGAUGGUCUGUCUACGUUCAGACGAGAUUACACUGGUCCUCCUGGCGAGAAGACCCAGAGUUGUAAACCAGCCAAUAUGGCCUUCCAGUCGGAUGCUCCACUAGAAGAUAUGACCACAUUCAAGAACGAUUACCGAAAAUGGGCAACGGAGCGACCCCAUUUCCACGAUCCCGAUACCUACAAACGUCCAGAAGGGGAUAUGGACAUGAACACCACACAUCUGUUAGCGUAUAAAGCUCAUCCUCUUCAGAAACAUAUGACGAAGAGACCGUGUUCAGCCACAGGUCUUCGUCCAGGAACCUUUGAUGGUACUACCAACUAUAGUAUGGACUUCAAACAGUGGGACAUGGGCCAGAGGAGUCGUCCAACCAUGAAACCCGAUUACAAUCCCAACACGGCGCCAUUCGAAGGCUUACCAACGUAUAAAGCACAUUACAUUAAACAUCCAGUCAAUCCCAUGAAAAGCUGCAAACCAGAUAACACCGCGUUCCAGAGCGACGCCACGUUUGAGGACGGUACCAUGUACAGAAUGGACUACACACCUAAGAAAAUAGAUCCCUGUCCUGUCACCAUUAUUGAAACUGGCCGAUCCACAUUUAAAUUCGAUCACGUUGAUGGCCGGGGUCACAAAGUUUAUUGUCCCGUCUAUGAAACGGUUAUGCCAAUAAACGGAACGGGUCCCGCAACUAAUAAUUUAGUAGCGGUACCCGUGGCGUAAGUUUCCAAUGUGAAUGUAUCUGUGAUGUUUAUAUCAGAUAUUUUAUUUAAUCUCAUUGAUAUACCCAUAAAAUAAGUGAAUAUCACUUGAUCCCUUAAUAACUGUGCAGGUAAAUACAGGUGGGAAGGGGCCAAAUUCACACAAAACCAAUCUCUCAAAAUCGAUCAUCAAGACCUGUACGUUCAUUUCCCAUUGUUGUCAAAGGUCAGGGUUCAAGUUCUAAUAUACUUUUAUACAUUAGAAAGCCUGGAAAUAGAGCACCUGUCAGACUCUGUCCGGAACAAGCCCACUGAUGCCAGUCCUUUCAUUUAUCAAAGAUUAUCUUUUUAUUCCCUGUGUUUUUGAUUAUUAACACAUGCCUGCCACAAGAUUCAAAAUAUCAGGUAAUUGUUCAAUAGAGCCACAGAUUUUCUCAAGAAAAACUAAAAUCCCCCUCCUACCCCCACCCCAACCACCUGUUAUAGCAUUUAGUUUAAAUUAAGAAUCAUCUGGGCUAUAGUGAUAUUCAGCUUAUUUUAUCACGCCUCUGAAUUUUGUACAUAUAUAUAUAUAUUUUACAAAAUACUAUUAUUAAUGUUAUGUAUAGAAAAUGGUGCCAAGAGGAACCAAAAAGCCAAAGCGAACCCCCUGAGCAAUGGGUUUAGUGAUCUUAUUGAAAUUUUAUUAUUUUUGAACAAAAUCUGUGAUAUAUAGCUAAAGCUGAAAAUUUGUCAGUGGCCUGUCAAUGUUUUUCUUAAAGAACAUUUUUCAAUGGGUUGGUGGAUCCACCUCAAUAUAGGCUGCCGAUUUUUUUAAAGCGGGCAACUGACAAAUUUCCAAUAAUUUCUCUUUUAAUAUAAUAUUUAAAUUCUGUAUUUUUUUUUUAUAUUUAAGAAUAUAUAUUAUUUUCACAUGUCUUAGAUCAUUUUGAUAUUAUAUUUUGCACAAUCAGCAUUAUUUAAUGAAAAGCUAAGCAUUAGAUAUUUACUUCACAUGACUUGGAUAAUUUUGAUAAAUUAUAUUUUGCACAAUCAGCAUUAUUUAAUGAAAAGCUAAGCAUUAGAUAUUUACUUCACAUGACUUGGAUAAUUUUGAUAAAUUAUAUUUUGCACAAUCAGCAUUAUUUAAUGAAAGGCUAAGCAUUUGUUAUUUACCUACCUUGCCAUUAGGAUAACUCUUUCAUCAAUAAACAGAAGCAUUAUUUCAACAGUAUCAGAUUUAAUUCAGAAUAUUUUCUACAAGUUUUAGAUAUGGGUCAUAAUUCAUAUUUCGUACAUUUCUGAUGAAUUAGGACAAUAUUAUUAACAAAUAACCUGGGUUUUCUAGCGUCUUUCUGAUGAAUUAGGACAAUAUUAUUAACAAAUAACCUGGGUUUUCUAGCAUCGUUCUGAUGAAUUAGACAUUAUUAUUAACAAAUAACCUGGGAUGUCUAGUGUCGAAGAGAUGAAGACAAUAUCUCGGAUGAAUUAGAACAUUAUUUAUAAAUAAGCUACAUAGUAUAUAUAGAUUCGUUCCAAGAAAAUAUUUACAAAUAACCUAGAUUCUCUAGGGCCUGUCUUAAAAAAAUUAAUUUUGCUUAAGAAAAUAUGAAUUUUGUGAAGGGAAUAUGAAUUUUGUGGAAGACAAAAACAUUAAAGUCCCCUGAUUAUUAAAUUUUUCAGCUUUGAUAAUAUGAUUUUCUAUCUGUUUUGUUAUAUGCCUACAAUAUUAAUCAUGGUUCUCCACCAAAUUAUUUGUUUGUUACAUUGAAGUCUUCAAAGAAUUUAUGUUUGUUACUUGUCGGGUUUUAACUAGAUUUUGUGUUGGCAAAAAAUUGAAAAUAGUUUUCGCAAUUAAUGACAAAAACUAUAAAUGUUUAUUUUUACUAUAAGAUAUCGAGUCACACCAAUUUGACUUUCUCUUUCUGCAUGCUCGAAGCACUGCAUUUAAGCAGCCUCUUGUUAAUUAAGUGUGGUUUAAUGGUCGAGAGCGAGACAUUAAGUAAUAUAUUGAAACAACAUUAAGAUUAAGAAAGGUUCUGUAAGCUUAUUUAUUUGUGGCUAAUAUUUUUUGAAUAAAUUUCUGUUAUACAAGCUUAUAACACAAAGUGCUAACAUAUUCUUAAAGAAUUUAAUAUUUGUAGUUUUGUUUUCUAUAAUUUUUUAAUAAAUUAUUUUUUUAUAUUUAUUCUAGAAAGAGAAAUGAAAACCACAUUGAUCAGUGGUUGUUAUACAUGUUCCAAGUAAGGUUUGGAAUUAAAUUUUAAAUUAGGAAAAUUUGAGUAUAUUGUUUUGGAAUUAGAUCUGAAGUUCGAAACUUCGGGUAUAUGAAAAUAAACGUUUAAUAAUAAAAAUAUGCAAAUACAAGCCACAUCGCCCUUUUCCGUCUCUAUAUGUAUAUUUGUUAUUGUAAAUAGUCUAUUAUUUAUAUAUCCCUGUCCUGUCAUUCAACUGUAACUUAUUCAUCUUUAGUAGAAAUAAAUUCUAUAUUCUAAAAUCA